GAUGGCUUACCUGCUUCUAGGGGUGAGCGUGGUUCCGGUUCUUAAUUGACCGGUUCCGGUUCCCGGUUCGGUUCGGUUCUUAUAGGAACCGGAACCGAAAGAACCGGAACCGGUUAGGUUAAGCCCUAAAUUAAUUUACCCUUGUCUCAGUUGCCACUUUCACUUCACACUCCUCUGUCUCUGCUCGACGCUGCUCACUAUGCUCAGUGCUCGCCCUCGACGAGUUCCUCGACAAAUCUCCACACGGAGUCGGGCCUCAAGUCCCUCGACAAGUUCCUCUCCGACAAGACCUACAUCUCCGGGUAAAGCUCGUCUACGAGAAGCCGGCGAAGAAGACGACCGCAUCCCCAUCUUCGUCGGCUCGGAGUACCUCGCGUGGAACCAUGUAUCAUCCCACCAGAGGCAGCGUUCGCGGUGGCAGAGACCGAGGAGCUGCAGAGGACGAAUCUGGAGUUGGAGUCGUAUAAGGAGAAUAUAAAGGAGAAUCAAUAGAAGAUUAAGCUCAACAAGCAACUCCCUUACUUAGUCGGCAAUAUUCUAGUCUUUAAUGUUUAAUGUAUGCUUCUGCUUUGGGCAGGAUGCAAGGAUAUUGAUGAUGGCCUGCGCUAUACAGCCCUUUCCAAUGGAAAUUUUGAAGUUGGAGUUCAUAUUGCUGAUGUGACAAAUUUUUUGCACCCUUCCACACCACUCAAUGAUGAGGCUGUGCAAAAGGGCACUUCUGUUUACCUUGUUGAGCGCCGCAUUGACAAGCUUCCAAAGCCUUUGACAGAAGGUAUAUGUUCACUUCGGGUAGAUGUGGAGAGACUGGCUUUUUCUGUUAUAUGGGAAAUGACACUGAAGCGAGAGAUAAUAUCCACAAGAUAUACAAAAAGCAUUAUUAAAUCAUGUGCGGCUCUGUCUUAUAUUAAAGCUCGAGACAAGGAUGGAUGACGGUAAUCAUGUAAAUGUUGAGAAGG